UGCUUCUUACUUUUUCUACUUUGUGUCCAAACGCAGGAGGCAUGGCAGAUCAUCUGAUGAUGCCCAUGAAUCACAGCUCAGCAGGCGCCAGCCUCCAUGGUUACAGGAUGGGCAUGAACGGCGGCCUUCAGGCGGGUCACCAGCAGCACGCCAACCAGCAGGGCAUGCGUGCGCUUCCCAACGGCCAGAUGAUGCACUACGGAGGCGCCCAGGCCAGCAUGGAGACGGCCAUGAGGCAGAGGCAAGGCAUGGUGGGCGGGCCCAUGAACGGACAGCUCAGCGGGGCUCAGAUGGCCCACCACCAGAUGACCUCUGGAAACAUGAUGUAUAGCGGGCAGGCUCAGCAGCAGCACCACCCGCAGCAGCAGCAGCAGCAUCACAUGCACCCGCAGCAGCAGCAGCAGCACCAGCAGCAGGCACCGCACCCGCAGCAGCAGCAGUUCAUGAACGGAGGGCUAACGUCUCAGCAGCUCAUGGCCAGCAUGCAGCUGCAGAAACUCAACACGCAGUACCACGGACACCCGCUGGGCCCCAUGGGCGGGAACCACAUGGGGCCCGCGGCUCAGUACCGCAUGAACCCGGCUCAGCUGGCUAGCAUGCAGCACAUGGCCGGGCCCGCGCUGGCCCUGAACGGCAUGGACGCAGAUAUGAUCGACGAGGACGUCCUGACGUCGCUAGUCAUGGAGCUGGGCUUGGACCGGGUUCAGGAGCUACCCGAACUUUUCCUGGGCCAGAAUGAGUUUGACUUCAUCUCGGACUUUGUUAGCAAACAGCAGCCCAGCACUGUUAGCUGCUGAAAGGAUCUUACUUCAUAACUGGCAACAACAACAAAAAAAGGAGAAUAACAAGUGAGAAGUGUCCAGGAUGGGCGAAGAGAGGCCGUCUCUGCUUGGGUUUUUAUUUUUCGAGCACGGACCUACGCAGCUGAUCUAAAGUCGCGGUGCAGGGUGCACAGAAAGUACUCUGGAUAUCCACAGCAAACACAGUGCUGAAGUCUCACAAGUUUGUUAGUGACUGGAAGCUGGUUGGAUUUAAAGCAUACUUUCUCAUCUAGUAUUUUCUGGACAUGAAUGUAUAAAGAAAUGCUUAAAUUCCUAAAAAAAAAAAGAAAAAAAGCCACUCUGAACACUUCUAUGACACUAUGUAGCCUCUAAGUCUGGACUCUAUGACAGUUUACCAGUAAAAAAAAAAAAGGUGUAUUUAUUUAUUCCUAUCUGAGAAAACUGAUAUACAGAUGAGCCACCUUCUCUGUUUUUGGGAUCCAAGUGGUUUUUAUGAUCUUUCUUUGCGAGCAGGGUUGGGAAGGAGUAUAAAAUUGAAGUUCUCUGCUCGUAUAUGUUUUUUAUUCUUAUUAUUUUUUUUUUACCUAUUCUGUUUGGCUUUGUAAUAAAUUUAACUGAGAAGACAAUGUCAACUAUAGGAACAGUUGCUUUAUCUCUGGAAUCACAAAAGUACAAUGUUGUGUUGCUAGAAUGAGAGUGUCAUCCACACUUACAAAAAAAAAAAAAAAAAAAACCUAACGGUUCACUUUUGGUAAAGUGCUGCCUUUUUUUUUUCUUUUUUUUUUUAGGUGUGAUGUUCUCCAGAAAAAAAAAAUACUGCUUGUACUGUUUGAAGCUGUAUAACCUCCAACAUGUCCACACUGUUGUGUUCUAUUGGAGAUGUAGAACUGCCUUAAUCACGCAGACCUUUUUUUUUAUUUAUUGGUUGUUUAUAUUGUUCCCUUUUUUUUUUUGUGGUUGAGAUGGGGGUUUUUUCUUUGUGAAAGGGGUUUUGAGGAUCAAUAAAAAUGGCCUGGAUAGAA